AAGGGUCUUGUUUCCAAGAAGAGAUUGUAGCAUUCUAAUUGAAUUAAAAGGACAUUUUCAAAAUGAACAAUUAGUUCUUGGAGCACUUUGAAGGUUUGUUUGCUUCCAUAACCUCACAGUCUGUGUUAACUUUAACUCAAGUUUCUUUCUUCUUUUAAAAUGUUGGGAGGAAUUUUUGGGGUGUCUUUGGUAUGCUUGCAUAGGACGUCUCCUUAUGUUUGGGGUAGCCUAGACUUAGACGUUGGGUUUGCGUUUAUUUUUCAUGUUUUCAGGUGUUUGUUUUGACUCCGGAGAUGUUUGUUUUGUCUCCGUUGUAGGACUAUUGCUUUGCCAUAAUAUGUGACCACUUUGGUCGUUGACUGGCCCUCAUGUUACCAAGUCCGAAACGAAUUAAUUUAUGUUCAUAUGUGAGAAAUUUCAAACUGAUUCCAAUCCACGCUAUAAAAAUCAACUAACGUGGAUUUCACUUCAGGGUUGAGUUAGCCAUACAAAUUACAAAGACUUAAACUUAGCCCUAUCUUACAAGUCAGCGACGGCCCAUACUUAGCAAAGGCCCUACUCCAGUUUAGAAAAUGUGUGGCUAACAUAUAUUUAAAAUUAAAUGUAUUUGAAAUUUUCCUUUGUAAUUAAAAUAACAUUUGAAUAUAUUUAAAAAUUUCUCCUUUUUUUCUAAGCAAGAAAAAAACACACAAAUUUUUUUUGGGCAGAUGUGUAUAUAUAAUAACGCUCUGAUCAUUGAUUCAUAUGCCAAAGAAAAAAAAAAACUCAUUGCAAUUUCUAAAUUUUCACGCACAUCCAUCUAAAUGUCGAACUCACGUUUGUGUUUGCUCUCACUCGUGUCCAUCUUAUCCUUACUCAUCACUACUACAACCAAUCUUGUCGCUGCUCAGCGUCAGCGAUGUCGUCCCGACCAAACCGAAACCCUCAAGCGUUUCAAAAACGAGUUUGCGUUCUCCAGCAGCUGCAGCGACGACGCCUACUUCUUACGCGGUGUGACAUGCGAUAACGUGACCGGUGCGGUCACCAUACUAAAACUCCCCAGUGGAUGUCUACGUGGCACUCUCAGAGACAAUAGUAGCCUCUUCGAGCUAAGCCAUCUCCGUUACCUCAACCUCUCUUUCAACAACUUCGCUUCUUCUUCUUUACCCUCUGCCUUUGGUCAACUACACAAUCUUGAGGUCUUGCUUCUCUCCUCUAAUGGCUUCUUAGGUCAAGUUCCUUCCUCUAUACGUAACCUCACUAAACUAACUCAGUUAAAGCUUUCUCAUAAUAAGCUCACAGGUGAUUUAACCUCACUUCUACAGAACCUAACAAGCCUUGUGGCUUUAGACGUUUCUUCUAAUGAAUUCUAUGGAACCAUACCUUCUUUUCUCUUCACUAUGCCUUCCUUGUCUUAUCUUGAUUUGAGUGAGAAUCAUCUCUCUGGCCCACUUGAACCCCCUUUUUCUUUGCCUAAUCUCCAAUUUCUCAUGCUCUCUCACCUAAACAUAACCCACCAGAUUGACUUAAGAAUCUUCUCCUCUCUCAAAUCUUUGUCAUACCUUGAUCUUUCCGGAAACAGUUUAACACCAACGAGUGUGGAUUCAGACAUCGACUUCACAAAGUACCUGAGGGUCUUGAUCUUGUUGGAAUGCAACAUAAGUGAGUUCCCUAGAUUCGUGAGGUCUCUAAAGAAUCUAGAGUAUUUAUAUCUUUCCCACAACAGAAUUAAAGGGAACGUUCCUGACUGGUUAUGGAGUCUUCCUCGUUUGACCACGCUGUAUCUUCUUAACAACUCCUUCACCGGUUUCGAAGGCUCAUUAGAUCAUGUUCUAGCUAACUCACCGGUGCAGGUUCUAGACAUGUCUUAUAACAGCUUCAGAGGAUCAUUCCCUAAUCCACCACUCUUCAUCAUCAACUUGUCUGCUUGGAACAAUAGCUUCACAGGAGAGAUCCCUCUCUCAACCUGUAACCGAACCUUUCUUAACGUUCUUGAUCUCUCUUACAACAACUUCACCGGCUUAAUCCCUCCAUGUCUCGGUAAUAUGAACGUAGUGAAUCUCCGGAAAAACAAGCUGGAAGGAAACAUCCCAGACGAGUUCCACAUCGGCGCUUCUACACAGACGCUUGACGUGGGAUACAAUCAACUAACCGGGAAGCUUCCAAGAUCUCUCCGGAAUUGCUCACUCCUAAGGUUCUUAAGUGUGGAUGACAACAGAAUCAAAGACUCGUUUCCCUUCUGGCUCAAGGCAUUGCCGAGUUUGAAAGUCCUUACUCUACGUUCAAACAGAUUCUAUGGUCCUAUAUCUCCACCUUAUGGUCCAGGUCCUCUUGCGUUUCCUAAGCUCCAGAUACUUGAAAUAUCGCAUAAUAGAUUCACCGGAAGCUUACCAAGAAACUACUUUGAGAAUUGGAGUGCAACAUCUCUUAAGCCUAAUGAUGAAGAGAAGUAUGUGGGAGACGAUACGAGUGAUGAGUAUAUCUAUCAAGAGAAGCUGUAUAUGGGAGACUAUACAAGUGAUAAGUAUAUCUAUCAAGAUACUUUGGAUUUGCAAUACAAAGGUCUAUACAUGGAGCAAGGAAAGGUACUUACAUUUUACUCGGCCAUCGAUUUCUCUGGGAACAAACUGGAAGGGGAGAUUCCUGAAUCUAUUGGUCUGUUGAAGGCAUUGAUUGCUCUCAACUUAUCAAGCAACUCAUUCACAGGACAUAUCCCGUUGUCUUUCGCCAAUGUGAGUGAGCUCGAGUCAUUAGACCUGUCAAAGAACAAACUGUCUGGGGAGAUUCCUCAAGAGCUAAAGAGGCUUUCGUAUUUGGCGUACAUAGAUGUUUCUGAUAAUCAACUCACUGGUGAAAUACCACAAGGGACACAGAUCAUAGGGCAGCCUAAAUCCUCAUUUGAAGGGAAUCUAGGGUUAUGUGGUCUCCCUCUUGAAGAAAGUUGCUUCACCGAAAACACACCAUCAAUAGAAGAGCCAGAUGAAGAAGAAGACGGAGGAGUAUUGAAGUGGAGAGCAGUGGCAAUAGGGUAUGGACCUGGAGUUUUGUUUGGAAUAGCAAUAGGAUAUGUUGUUGCUUUGUACAAGCCUGAGUGGUUCAUCAAGAAUUAUAUUCAGAACAGGCUCCUAGGCAUUGGACGCCUUUAGGAUCAAUUUGUUUCUGCUUAUCUUUUUGUUGUUGUAAGUUGAUCUUUGAAUGUGUGUUAAGUUAAUCAAAAACAUAAUUCUAGUAUGUUUAGUGUUACUUUAA